AUGGCCUCGACGGGCUCUGCCGUAGACUACUCAUCCUACAGCGACAAGCAGGUAGCAUCGAGCAUCGACCACGGCAAAGAAGUCGUCACUCCGACACAGCCGUAUCCGGACGCCUAUGCAUAUGCAAACCCCAACAACACCAAUAACGACAGUACACACGGCGGGAGUGGAGGAGGGGGUCUCGAAGCAGUUCAUCACCUUCUACCGGACGGGCAGGAGAACCCUGCCUGGGUCGAGCGGAAGACGAAACGAAAGAUAUGUGGUCUUAGUAGCAGGGCCUUCAUCAUCGCGAUCGCCGUGGUGACGGCUUUGCUGGUCGCAGCCAUCAUUGGAGGAAGCAUAGGAGGCGUGCUGGCACAUAAAAACAACUCGGGAAGCGACAAGGCCGAGUCAGCGCAGCGCAGCAGCACGUCUCCCGCCACUGCAGUCUCAGCAACAGCAACAGCAACAGCAACAGCAGGAGCAACUACCUCGCCGUCGGCUACUGUUGAGGUCGUUCCUUUCACAUUCUCAUCGUCAUCGUCAUCGUCAACGCCAUCCUCAUCCUCAUCCUCUGCUACUGUCGAGACCACAACCGCAACUGGUACCUCCACAUCCUCCACCUCUAUCUCCACAGCCUCAAGCCAGGAAGGAACCUACAACUGCCCCGCAGACAACAACGAAGAAUAUGUAUCCUCCGUGGACGCCACCGCCACCUGGACGAUUCUCUGCAAUACAGAUUGGCCAGCGGGGGUUGCCGCCUUGAGCGAGGGAACUGUGUACGACCUUGAUGCUGUCAUUGCGUACAGCGUUCAAUCUUGCAUCGACCAAUGCGUUGAAAACAAUCUCUCUGGCGGAGGUUGCCAGGCGGUCGUUUACGGCGCCAAUAUCACCCUUGCCCUGAGUAGGUCUGGGAUUACCGGGAACUGUUUUCUGAAAAAUGAUCGGGGCGCACAGAACAGCGUGGACAAUAGUGGGCAGGUCGAGGCCGCGUAUGCGUCCUCGCUGAGUGCCUGA